AGUAAUCACUCUCCCUGCCCUGACUGACUUGUAGCUCCACAUUGUUUCAUUGUCAUUAUUUGUCAGCAAACACACUUGAUACAAAGUGGGGAAAACUGUCAUUUUUCGUUGACAUGGAUGUCAACGAAAAGGCAGAUUGUUUUUCUUUUUCUCUGAACAAGCAGCCAUCAAAUUGUGAGGGCAAGUGUGCAAACACAGAGUUGUACUUUGGAGCUAUGGCCCAAAGUGUUUCUGUUGGAUUUACGCUAAAAGUUAGGAUGGCACGAGCUUUUCUGUCUUUGCUGCUUUUGGACUUUCACCUUGGCUCCGCAGCCCCAAACACUGUGCUCCUCUCUGAGAAGACAGCUGACAGCUUCCUCAGGAGACACAAACGGGGGAACACUGGGAUUUUCGAGGAGUUCCUGCAGGGAAACUUAGAAAGAGAAUGUAUGGAAGAGAAAUGUAACCUGGAAGAAGCCAGGGAGAUAUUUGAGAACGAUGAAAAGACUAUGGCAUUUUGGUCAAGAUAUGCAGAUGGCAAUCAGUGUGAGUCCAGCCCAUGUCUGAACCAGGGGUCAUGCAAAGACCAUAUGGGCUACUACAUCUGCACAUGUGUGUCUGGCUUCACUGGCACCAACUGUGAGAUUGUCUUACAAAAAAGAUGCGACGUAAACAAUGGAGACUGCAAGCAUUUCUGUGGCACGAUAGGAACAUUUGGGGCAAAAUGCUUCUGCGCGACAGGAUACGAGUUGAUGUCGGAUGGGGUCAGCUGUGAAGCAACAGUUGAAUUCCCCUGUGGGAAAACUGGACUAACCAUUGCGAAGCCAGUCGUCAGGUCUUUCUACAACCCCGGGCUUCCAGACCAUCUGAACGCCACGUCUCCUACCAACACGACGCCCACAGCAGCAGCAGCAGAGCCAGAUCUGGAUUCGUAUGACUAUGAUGACUUUGGUCAGAAUCAGUCUCUUAGUGAUGUGCUUUCAGGGGAAUCCAAUCACUCUGAAAACACCUCUGCGGAGUCACAAACACCUUUCAAACGUAUAGUUGGUGGGAGGUCAGUCGCUCCAGGAGAGAUUCCCUGGCAGGUCGGACUGAUAGCGAAACCCAGUGGUCGGUUAUUCUGUGGGGGCUCCAUCCUCUCGGAGCGCUGGGUCAUCACUGCUGCUCAUUGUCUGAGGGAGGCGGCCGGCUCCUUCUCGGUCAGAGUGGGGGAACAUAACACUGAAAUCACGGAGGGCCGAGAGAAAGACUACGAGGUGUUGGAGGAACAACCACACCCACGCUACAACGCAACCUUAAACAUAUACAACCACGACAUUGCCUUGCUCUACCUCAAAGAGCCCAUCAGCUUCUCAGCAACAGUCCGGCCGAUCUGCAUCGGGCCCAUGGCUUUCAUCGAGGACUUGGUGAAGCAACCCUCCCCGGCUACGGUGAGCGGCUGGGGCCGCACUCGCUUCAUGGGGAUCACGUCCAACAUUCUGCAGAAGGUCGAGGUUCCCCUCGUAGAUCAGACUGAGUGUAAGAAAAGCAGCAACGAAAGGAUCACUCCUGUCAUGUUCUGCGCCGGAUUCUACGACGUGGCCAAAGAUGCCUGCCAGGGCGACAGCGGAGGUCCUCACGCAAAAAGCUACCGAGACACUUGGUUCCUGACGGGGAUUGUGAGUUGGGGGGAGGAAUGUGCAAAAGAAGGGAAGUACGGCGUGUACACCCGGGUUUCUGUUUACUACAGCUGGAUAAAGUACGCGAUGAGUGUAACUAAACGCAGGCUGGCUAUGGAUGUGGAAUACCCAGACUCAUGACUGUGCAUGGAUGUUGAUGUACAGCACAGGCCACAUUAUUGGCACAUCAAUUAGCAAAUCACCUUAAAAUAAAUCAAUCUUGCAUUACAGUAGCAUAGGAUGACACUGAAAAAAAAAUGGAAGAAUCCAACCUAAAUUUCUUUCAGUGAGACAAAAGUACAAGACGAACCAUUUUCAUAACUUUGCUGUUAAUACCAUACAAAAAAAAAAUCUUUGUGCAAUACGAAAAGCACUUAAGUCGUAUCCUAAAAUGUUUUUGGAUUCUUUUUUAUACUCUCUCUUUACAUCAUGUGUCUAACUCGAGUCCUCAACUUCUAAUGUCCUGCAUCGUUUUGAAUCCAAAGGCUGGGUUACAAGCAGACCUUGGAAGGACCUGAUUGGUGAACAGGAUGGUGGUCGUCAAGGUGUGGAGUUUGACCUCUAUGCUUUAAUAUUCUACAGUCCUCUCUUUAGGUCACAUCUCAGGGUUUGUAGCAGAUUCUGGACUGAGACGGUCUCACAGCAGAAGGUCAAUCACUUCUGUUGUGUGUUUUGGAGUAAGGACUCAAUAAUGAUGCUUCUUAAAGCAGUUUGUGAUGCCAAUGACAUGAACUCUAAACGGUUCCCACAGAAUGUGGAUGAAAAAGAGGCCCAGUGCAUUACAGAUCCUCCACCGUACUUUAUAACUGUAAUUGUCAUGCGCUUCACUCCACACCAGGGAUCUGCUACAGAAGAAACUAUUUACAAAACUUUUAACAUUUUUCUUUAUUUGAAAAUGUCGUUUCUUUAAUAAUAGUUUUUAUUAGAUAUUUAAAAUAUCUCAUAUGACAUUUGCAGCCCUGACUGAGCCUUAUUUACCUUUAUGAAGCCAUAACUGGCUCUUUGGAGUGUAAAAGUUGCAGAUCCUUGUCGUACACCCAUCUGAAGUGUUUGUUGCCAAAAAACUCAAAAAUAAACAUGUUUCCAAUUAAAGUUUACAUUCAUAACAGUGAGAAAGGGAAGUUUGUUUUUUUCUGUCUGUCCCAAUCAACCAGUUGAGUUCGUGGCCUCAAGGCGUUUUUUUUUUUUCUACAGUUCUCUAACAUCUAUAAGGACAAAAACAUGAGGAAGAUUUAGAAUAAAUAAACUGCGAUAACUAAAUAUAUUCUUUAUACAAUAGCAACGCAGCAAGAGCAUCAAACAGAAGCCAGCAGCCAACUGAACCUUUCAAGGCCAAAGCUUCAGAUACUUUACAAUUUAAAAAACAUCCAGGAUAGAUUUAUUAUUUACAUGUUUUUUUCUGAAACAAGAAUACAGACAUAUUAGUUUACAUUCACUGUGUUAACAAUGAAAUUCGGCUACCCUAAAAACUGUUAUUGCAGUGUAUAUGUUAAUAUUAUUAGAUUACUUUUAAAAGAACCAAAGACAUUUUAAAAAAACAAAAUUAAAUCAAAUGUCCAACUGCCAUGCAUUUUCAGUAUAAAAACAAAAUGUUCAGCAACAAGCGUAUGUUACAUGGCUCAGCAGGAUUCAAGCAACUUUUUUGCCUUCUGUAGCGACAUCUGUGCAAAUUGUGCAGCAUUUUGGAU